GCGAAGCUGUAGAGAUUAGUCUACAGUGAGCAAUGGCGAACUCGUUUGUCGCAGCGUUAACAGAACUUUCACUUAUCAAACACAAUAAAGGGGCAACAAAUGGAGCCGAAAUAUUGCCUACAGGAGACAUGAAAUAUUCUCUAAUAGUAUUCCUUCGAAACUUUGCGUGAAUUGCUUGCCAGCUGAAAAUGCAAGCCCUGUCACCUCUAGCAGACUUGUUGGAGAAACACCAGACUAGGCUUGUGUUUGUCGGAUCUUCCACCGCCGAACAACUGGAGGAAUUUGUUCGUAGCCCUACAGUUCCUAUUUCUGGUGAAUUAUACACAGAUCCAACAAUAGCCCUGUACAAGUUAUUUCAAAUGAAAAGUGGGCGUUUUCGCUCCCUUGUCAUGCCGCUUUGGCAGGGAGCAAUGAGAUACGGUUUCGGUGGUAUAAUGGAGGGACUCAGGCUAGGCAUAGAAACAUCGCACUUGGCAGGGGAUAGCUGGAUGCAAGGGGGUACAGUACUUCUUGAUCAGGAUGGACGUAUAUUAUUCCAGCACCUUGAAAACCAUCCAGCUGAUUGGCCUGAUUUGAACGAGGUGUUACGAACAGUGGGUAUCACGGAAGAUACUGUAGAUUAUGACAAGGCGGUAUCCGAAUGGAUAACAGCGAGGAGAGACGCGCGCAAAUAAAGAAGUUUAUAAUGCAUGUAUUGUUAUGACAGAAAUUAUGAAGAACUUUUGAUAAAGGCUUUAAAAAGAGCAAUCGAAAGUUCUGAUUUGACCCGACUGUAUAACAAGUAGUGUGCCUCUGUAAAGUUGUUUUUUUUUUAGUGAGGGCUAUCCUUAAAAGCGUGCAAGAAAAUCUUUAAUAUAUAUAUUGUGUUGUACCGCAUUGUACUAUAUUGUUAAUAUAAACAUAUUUGAAAAUGGCA